UCCCAGGUUGAGCAGUGCCACAUUUCCCAAGCAGGACACCGAAACGGGAGGACACCAAGGACCUUCUCGGGCUGCUCUGGAGACAGCGCGAACAGCUGGUGCACCUGGCAUUCCCUGGGGGGUGUGCACCCCUGCUGCUGGCCUCUUGUAGGCUGGAGACCCCUCCUCACUGCCCGCAGGCACCGGGAUGAUGGGCUGGAUCAACCGGGUGGUUCCCCAGCCCCCGGUGCCCCCGGUGACGGAUGAGACCCCCAGGCACCUGGGCAGGAGCUGGAACCAGUUAAGGCACCAACAGGAAAAGCUGGUGGCCCCACGGAUGCUGCUGACCGGGCACGCACUGAGGGUAAGCCCCACACGGGCUCAGGCCACAGAACUAGUGAAGAAAGUAGAAUUUGUGGUCCCUGAGGACACAGGUUCUAUGCUUGAGAGCAUGGGGAGCAAUGUGCGCUUCUGGCUCUCCUAUGGGCUAAGGAGGGUGAUUCCCCAGCCAGUCCCAGUCCCGGUCCCAGCCCAAGCGACAGUGCAGGUGCUCACGAAGAGCUUCGAUACAAGCAUUGAUGUUCCUAAUGAGACGGAGGUCCAGACCCUUCCAGAUGAGGAUGACGGUCUCGAAAUAAUCCCCUUCGAUCCAGAGGAGGACGACUUGGAGGACGACUUCGAGGAUGCCCCCACAGAGGAGUGGGUAGGAAAGCGGGUGCUCAGCUGGCUGUCACAGGGCUUUGAGAGGAUUGUGCCGCAGCCGGAGGGGAUGAAAAGUCUGGAGACAGAGCAGAAGGAUCAGAACUGCGAAGCCACAGUGGAAGGCACAAAAAGGACUCAAAGGAAGGCAAAGCCAAAACCCAGCCUUUCAGCUGCCCUGAGCACCUCAGUGGCAGAGACACCAGCAGAUGACACGGGGCAGCCAGAGCCAGUGACCACCCUCACAACUCAGUCCAUGGCUCUGGAUGGCCUCAGGAUGUUCAUCUGGUUUGUCCAGAAGCUGGAGAAGGUGCUGCCACAGCCGGUGACCACGGGGAAGCAGGACACACAGGGAGUGGCCGCAGCAACCUCGAAUCCUGCGGAACAAAUUCACACACCCACCAGGGAACCCGAGGAGACCCAUCUCAUCCUGGAAGAGAUCACUGAUGAGCAGAUUAAUGAAGAAAUGUGUGAGGUGAUGGCCUGGAGUCACGAGGCUGAGCCAGAGGCAGAUGUUCGCUCCCUUCCCCCCAUACAGGAGGAACCUUAUGAAGAGGAAGAAAACAGACCGUGUUUGAGCUCCCUAAGCACUGCCAAGGAGGAAGAGGGGGAGGAAAAGAAGGAGGAGGAGAAAGUGGAGGAGGAGAAGAAGGAGGAGGAAAAGAAGAAGGAGGGGAAGAAGGAGGACAAGAAGAAGAAGAAGGAGAAGAAAAAAAAGAAAGAGGGGGAGAACAGGAAAGAGGAGAAGAGGAAAGAGGAAAAGAGGAAAGAGGAGGAGAAGACGACGACGGAGGAGGAGAGUGCAGAAUCCCUGCUCUCUUCUCUCACAGUGGACAAGGCUGGGGAUGAAGCCCACUUUGGCGAGGAGGCCCUCAGGUUUGAGCAGCACGAAGUAGCUGAGAUAAGUAAUCUCGAAGGUGCUCUUGUACAGGUGGAAGAGAAGACAGCUGAAGCUGCUGAAACCAAUGCUGAAGGUAUAACAUGUAGCAGUACAACAACAAAUGGGGAUGAAUCAAAGCAGGCGAUGUGGUGCCUGAUGGGAGGAGAAUCCAACUUCUCCUUCUCCACUGCUCGCAGCAGCAUGGCCAGGCGGGCCCGGGACGUCGAGCUAGACCGGCUGGUGCAUGACAGGCCGCUCGGUGGCGGGGAGCCCUGCCCUGCCAGCCGCGGGGCCCUAGAGCAGCUGCCCAAUGUCCCCAGCUACCGAGCCACCGCUGCCCCCCGCGCCCCCGUCCCCGCCGCCAGCAGGACAAAGGCUGGAGUUGUCAACCCCAGUUUUUGCAAUGAGGAGCAAUCCCCUCUAGGUAAUUACCCCACCGUGGAGAUCAAGGAUGUGGACAGCGAUGCUGCAGAGAACGAUGGUACCCACUUACCGGUGCCCGCUGCCGGCGCUCCCAACAGGCUGGCGGUGCCCGGCGCAGCAUCCCCCAGGAGGAAGCGACUGGUCCCAGAGGAUGGUCUGGAGGAGGGACUGCUGAGCCACUCCCCCACCCGAGCGCUGGGCUGGGACGAGGAGCAGAGGGAAAGCCUGCCCGAGCGCAUCGGCUCGGCCACGAGCCUGAGCAGUGCCAUCAUCAACACCCGGCUCCAGGAGCUGGUGAAGCUCUUCAAAGAGAGGACGGAGAAGGUGAAAGAGAAGCUGAUUGACCCCGAUGUCACCUCGGAUGAUGAGAGCCCCGUGGCAUCGCCCGCUAAGCCGGCACCUGCGGCAGCACCGGUGCCUCCCCCGGGAGGGGAGGUGGAAGGGGACAAGCCCUCAGGGGACGACCACUACUGUGAGAUGCUGUGCUGCACCUUCAAGUACCGGCCCUGGACGCACCGCCUGAAAAGCUACCAGUUCCCCAGAAGCAUCGACCCACUCACCAAUCUGAUGUACGUGCUGUGGCUGUUCUUCGUUGUCAUGGCCUGGAACUGGAACUGCUGGUUGAUCCCCGUACGCUGGGCUUUCCCUUACCAGACGCCGGCAAACAUCCACUGCUGGCUGCUGGUGGACUACCUCUGCGACCUCAUCUACCUGCUGGACAUCCUGGUGUUCCAGACCCGGCUGCAGUUCGUCCAGGGCGGAGACAUCAUAACUGAUAAAAAGGCCAUGAAAGAGAACUACCUGCGAUCGCAACGUUUUAAGAUGGAUGUGCUGUGCCUUCUGCCCCUGGAUUUCUUCUACUUCAAAAUUGGUGUCAACCCACUCCUGCGCUUUCCUCGCUGCCUAAAGUACAUGGCCUUCUUCGAGUUCAACAACCGCCUGGAGGCCAUCCUGACCAAGGCAUACAUCUACAGAGUGAUUCGGACCACUGCCUACUUACUGUACAGCUUGCAUGUGAACUCCUGCCUCUAUUACUGGGCCUCAGCCUACGAAGGACUGGGCUCUACCACCUGGGUCUAUGAUGGGGAAGGAAACAGCUACAUCCGCUGCUACUACUGGGCAGUCAAGACCCUCAUCACCAUCGGGGGCCUGCCAGACCCCAAGACACUGUUUGAGAUUGUCUUCCAGCUGCUGAACUACUUCACAGGCGUCUUUGCUUUCUCUGUCAUGAUAGGGCAGAUGAGAGACGUGGUUGGCGCCGCUACUGCAGGGCAAACCUACUACCGGAGCUGCAUGGACAGUACCAUUAAAUACAUGAACUUCUACAAAAUCCCCAAAACUGUUCAGAACCGGGUGAAAAUGUGGUAUGAGUACACGUGGCACUCGCAGGGCAUGCUAGAUGAGUCAGAGCUGCUGGUGCAGCUGCCAGACAAGAUGAGGCUGGACAUCGCCAUCGAUGUGAACUACAACAUCGUGAGCAAAGUGGCCCUUUUCCAGGGUUGUGACAGACAGAUGAUCUUUGACAUGCUGAAGCGGCUCAGAUCGGUGGUCUACCUGCCUAAUGACUACGUGUGCAAGAAGGGAGAAAUAGGCCGCGAGAUGUACAUCAUCCAGGCGGGACAAGUGCAGGUGCUGGGGGGACCCGACGGCAAAUCCGUGCUGGUGACUCUGAAAGCUGGAUCCGUGUUUGGAGAAAUAAGCUUGCUGGCGGCAGGAGGGGGAAAUCGCCGAACAGCGAACGUCAUAGCUCACGGAUUCGCCAACCUUUUCAUUUUGGAGAAGAAGGACUUGAACGAGAUUUUGGUGCACUAUCCGGAGUCCCAGAAGCUGCUGCGUAAGAAGGCCAAGAAGAUGCUGAAGAACAACAACAAGCCCAAAGAGGAGAGAGGAGGCCCUGGAGAUUCGCUGAUCAUUCCCCCAAAACCUGAGACCCCAAAGCUCUUCAAGGCUGCCCUGGCUGCCACGGGGAGGACGGGGGGCAAAGGGCCACUGGCACAGCUGCGCUGGAGGCUGAAGGAGCUGAAGGCGAUGCAGGCAGCCCAGCAGGGUUCCAGUUUCUGUCCAAAAUCACCCGUGCACCAGAGAUCGCCUGUCACCUCCCGCAAAGAAAAAACCCGCCUGGAAGAAAUAUCCUCAGAAUCCUCUGAUCAUUUAGUCACCGUUCGUGUGAUUCCCACGGCACAGGAAGAUGAGGAAAUCUUGGCUGCUGAGAUUUCAGAGAAAGAAGACAAAGAAGAAGGAGAGAAAUGAAACAGCAGCACGUCCUGGGGCAGGCGUAGGAGUCAGGCAAAUGCCUGGGGUAGCAGAUUUUUGUCGUUAAUGAUUUCCCUGCAGUGGCUGUAGGCUUUGCAAUGUGCUGCGGGUAGGAUCUGCCUCCCUCUUCUGUCCAGACCCUCACUCACUGCUGAUAAAACCCUCUGCCAUUUGACCCAGAACCAUACAAAGCUUCCACGCUCUGCAGAUCAAUUUUUAUUGAGCACCUUUAUGAAUUUCCCACUAAAUCUCGGGCCAGCCAACCCUCUUGCUUUGAAAUCCAGCUUUACGGAGGGAGAGCUCUGGAAGAAAUUGCUUUUUAUGGCUCUGGAUGGUUAAUGAGUGUUGGGAUAAAGCGUGAAGAGUUAUUCACCUCUGACAGCUGAGUCACCGCCUGGCCAGAAACAACCAGGGGGGAAAAAAUAACAAGGUUUCUCUGCUGGGCUCAAGGUUGACAGCAGCAGUGGAGGGUGAUUCAUCCAAAAAGGAUGUGGACUAUGCUCACAAGCCGAGCAUGGAGCAAAUCACACUGUCACAAGAAUGCCAAGGUCUGUCCCCGAGUGCAUAGUCUGCAAGGUACUUGAGGGCCCCUGCGUGGUGCCAAGGCCACCUUGGGUUUGCCACUGGGAAGAGUUCCUGCCAGCAAUCCACCAAUCCUGGGAAGGUGGUGGGGUCUCCAUCGCUGCAGGCUCUUGUGGAGAGGUUUGAUGAGCAUCUUUCAGGGAUGGAGAAGCACAAUCCUGGAUGUUCCUGCAGUUCCUUUCUAACCCUGGGUUUCCAUGGGUGCUGGUGCUGGGAGAGAUAAACAGAGAGCAGGAAGGGAGAAGCUGAGCUGGUUCCCAGCUGGGAGGGGAAAGAGAAGUGCAGUGAGUGCUCUCCUCUCCCGGACAGUGUUUCAGAGUCAGCUCAGAGUCACACAAGCAACUCUGCACAAGCGUGCAGGUGCUCCCCUGCAGUAAUUGCUGGGCCUCGGUGGCAUCCACUUUUCCAGCAGCUGAUUUCCAGCCCUUCAGUCACUUGACUCGCUCUUGGCCACAUUUCCCAUGCAGAAGCCACUCUGGUAUUGCUCAUCACUGCAACAGGGCACUUGUGAAGGCACUCUCCCCAUGCUGUGACUGGGCACUGGAAGGGAAGGUGAACAUCUGAUUAGCAGCCAGCACACCCAGCUGAUGGCCCAAGGUGUCUGAUCUUCUCCCAGCACCACCAGGUCCUCAUCUUCCUCAUGCCCAGCACCACCCAGAGCCAGCUGCUGGUGAGCUGAGAGGUGGUGAGAGGCGGUGGGUGGGAUGGUACCACAUGAGGCUCUGCAGAUCCUCCCCAAGGUUCUUGCUCACCACAUCCCCCCAGCACAGCUGGCCCCACCGAGAGCAGCCAGUUUCCAUCCUCUGGAGGAAAAGCUGGGGCAGGUUUUGCUGCAGGGAGCAGCCCCAUCUCCACAGCCAAGGGGCUUCUCAGGUGUUCAGCAAAUCCUGUGAGCAGUGCUGCAGGUUCCACAGGUCUGGCUGUGAGACAGCCGGGCUGUUUGUGAAGGGUGUCAGCUCUGGCAUCACCCCCCUGGGUGAUCCCUCUUCCCAUCAGCAGCCUGGGGCUGAUCUUCACCUCCUUUAGGAUCUUCUUUCAUUCUUUUUUACCCCCCUCUCUUGCAAAAUAGAUGGGUUUCUGUGGCAGAAAAAGCCAGAAUAGACGUUAGCAUUAAUUAACAAUGCCUUGCUUUCUUUAAAACAAAUUUAAUGAGCCCCACUGUACUGCAGGAGGAUCUGAAGCCACCACUACCCUUCACAUUGCAGGGGAGAGGCUGCACUCACCCAAACCUCCCUGAAUAUUUCUCGUCCUCAGUCAUUUGCAAGUGGUUUCCUGCUGGGUAGAAGGUUUCCGUGCAGAGUGCAAAGUAUUUUCUUCUCACUCCAUAAACAUUUAUAUAAUCAAACCAGGAAACAUGCAAAAGUCAAACUGGGGCUCUGAUUUGCUGCUGUGGUUUGAUACAGUUUAGAAGAAGCAUUUAAAUAAAUAGUGGAGUGUAAUGGCUUUCAUAAUUCACUGUAUCUACA